CCCACUGUCCGCCGCUCCGCCGCCGCCCACCGCCAGGAUGAUGUGCGGCGCGCCCUCCGCCACGCAGCCCGCCGCUGCCGGGACCCAGGCCAUCGCUGACCAGGUGAAGUCCCAGCUGGAAGAGAAGGAGAAUAAGAAGUUCCCUCUUUUUAAGGCUGUGGAGUUCAGGCGCCAGGUGGUCGCGGGGACGAACCACUUCAUCAAGGUUCAAGUUGGCGAUGAUGACUACGUACACAUUCGAGUGUUUGAAAGUCUCCCGCAUGAAAACAAGCCCCCGGCCUUGACCAGCUAUCAGACCAACAAAGCCAGGCACGACGAGCUGUCGUAUUUCUAGUUCCUGAUUCUGAACAGGGCCCGUCGGCCAUGUGGGUCUCUGUCCUCUGAGGACAUGUGUUGGGA